UCUUCUAAGUAGCGUUCUCCGCUACGAUUACAACAGCAACAGCCUAUUGGCCAAAGGAACAGUAACAACAUUAUGGCCAGUGCACAGCUUAUGCUGCAGAACAUUAUUUACAAGAAGCGCAACUUCGUCUAUGCCUUUGUGCGCCAUCGUCUGUUUGUGUUAUGUAAACAAUCGCUUAUACGUGUGCAGUCUGCGGAAGGCAUUAAACGCAUUGAGAUCUCACCAAAGUCAAAUCUUAAGCAGCUGUAUGACAGCGUGCAAAGUGCGCUCAAAGUGGAUGGCUUUGGACUUUUUAAAGAGCGCAGUUUCGUUAAUGAACUGCAGGCCAGUGGCACCCAGCUGGUGGGCACAACGCUUAAGCAUGGCGAUAUGUUAUUCUUGAAACAAAUGGCCGGAACAUCAUCUCGACGCGCCAGCACCGCAGCUAUGGAGAAUGUGGCUUUCAAUAGGACAACCAAACAAAUCAAUGAGAAGAGCAACAGCAGCAGUAUGCGCCCUUCUCUUGACGUAAUUGAAGAUGAAGUCGAUCAACAUUUGCUUAAAUCCGAUGGAACAAUUAAGCGCGAGCGCGACAGCAAGCUCUGUCAUCAUAAUGCCAAUGGGCGCUGUGUGCACUGCUCUCCGCUAGAGCCUUAUGACGAAAACUAUCUGAAGGAGCAGAACAUCAAACACUUAGCAUUUCACUCGUACAUACGCAAGCAGACGUCGGGCAUGGAUCAUGGCAAGUACUUUGUCUUUGAUGAUAUCAAUUGCCGCAUCAAGCCUGGAUGUCGUGAGCAUCCGCCGUGGCCAAAGGGCAUCUGUUCCAAGUGCCAGCCGUCGGCAAUUACGCUAAAUCGCCAGACUUAUCGUCAUGUAGAUAAUGUCAUGUUUGAGAAUACCAAAAUAGUGGAACGCUUUUUAAACUAUUGGCGAACUACGGGCCAUCAACGCAUGGGUUAUUUGUAUGGCACCUAUGAGCCGCACACAGAUGUGCCGCUGGGUAUACGCGCUAAGGUGGCGGCAAUUUAUGAGCCACCACAGGAAUCAUCUCGGGAUUCUAUUAAUUUAUGCACAGAUGAGGGAGCGGAGGAUGUCGAGGCUGUGGCAAAUGCUUUAGGUCUGAAAAAGAUUGGUUGGAUAUUCACUGAUUUACUUACGGAUGAUGCCAGUGCUGGCACUGUUAAACAGAUACGCGGCAUUGAGACACACUUUUUGACCGCACAGGAAUGCAUAACUGCUGGCGAGCUGCAGAAUCGACAUCCAAACCCAUGUAAAUAUGCCUCUAAUGGCAUUUUCGGCUCGAAAUUCGUUACUAUAUGUGUUACUGGCGACCAAACCAAGCAGGUUCACAUGGAAGGAUAUGCUGUAUCCGCUCAGUGCAUGGCACUGGUACGGGAUAAUUGCCUCAUACCCACUAAAGAUGCACCUGAGUUGGGAUAUGUGCGGGAAUCGACCGAUAAACAAUAUGUGCCGGACGUUUUCUAUAAGGAAAAGGAUCAAUAUGGCAACGAGGUGCAACGGUUGGCACGACCACUACCUGUUGAGUAUCUGCUGGUAGAUGUACCUGCCUCGACACCGCUGCAGCCCCAGUAUACAUUCACAGAGUAUGAUAAACGCCAGCCAUUCCCUAUUGAGAAUCGUUAUAUCGAUGGCCAGCUGCAGGACUUCAAUGCGCUAAGCAGCUAUUUGUCUGCCUGGGCGCAGGAGGAGUUUCUCGAUUCCAUUUCCGACUUUCAUUUGCUCAUCUAUCUGUACAAAAUGGACAUGAUACCGAUGCGCCAGCACAUGGGACCGCUGCUAGAAGCAGUUCGGACCAAGAGUCCCAACAGGGCGGCCGAUUUCAAAAGCGAAGAGGUUUGGAAAUUACUCGAAUCCUUGGUGCAGGCCAGCUCGACAGGCGGCGGCACUACCAGUUACCCUAGUGGAGCAGCGACAAGCGCUGGCAAUGCGGGAGCAGAUGCCAUGGAUCUCGAUGCGAGUACCUGGACAUGUAACCAUUGCACCUUUAUCAAUCGCGGCGAGCUAACCUCCUGUGAAAUCUGCUCACUACCCAGAUAAGGAUUCAGUUCCAAAUAACUCUGAGACCAGCCCGUCAGAAGAAUGCUACAAAAAAUUCUGGUGUUAAUGAAACUAAAGAUUUAAACAAUACUAAAAAACAAUUGGAACAUAUAUGGAGCGUGCCAUCACACUCCCGUAGCAUAGUCGCGCAUUGUCUAUAAAUGUAAUGUUGUGUAAGAAUUUUGUAAACAACUGAAACAAAAAUUAUUUAUUUAUAAAUAAAUGUAAAUUGUUGAGUAUACCACAACAUUCUAGAACGU